AUGGCCCAUCCUUAUCAUAACAUCAAAGACUUCCAAUCGUUUUGCAAAGCUCGCGCUGUUGCUUUGCACAAACAUGUAUCCGCUUUACCGGAGGGCAAAUUCGAAGAGAACCCUUGGGAACUUGUGCGACUUAUAGAGGACUUUGCCAACACCGAAAAGCUCCCCAUGAUAUUCCGUGAAACCAAGAUGAACCUGGCCCGAGUCGCUCUCGCAGAUAUGAGCCCAAAGCCAAAGGUGAUGGUCGAGUUUGGAAGCUUCGUUGGUAAUUCGACGAUAGCAUGGGGCGCUAUGCUGAGAGAGUUUUAUCCAGGCGACAAUAGUGGCAUUCGCGUUUACAGUUUCGAGCUCGACCCCGAACUAGCAGAGAUUGCACGAGAUGUUGUGAAACUAGCUGGUAUGAGCGACAUUGUCACUGUCGUUGACGGACCAGGCGCAGAGUCGUUGAAGACUCUUGUGAAGAACGGAGAUCUUAAGACCGAAAGUGUUGAUGCAGUCUUCUUCGACCACUGGGAAGACAUCUAUCUUCCAGAUUUGAAGCUCUGUGAGGAACUUGGAGUUCUUCACAAGGGAUCAGUUGUAUUGGCAGACAAUACUGACAUUCCCGGUGCGCCUAAGUACCUCGAGUAUGUGAGAGGCAACAUGGAGGAACUUGCUGGAACUUUACGAUAUCAAAGCAAGACUCAUCUCGUCCCGAACUCGAGUACCUCACACGGGCCACGAGCCCUGGAGGUUACUGUCGUCGUUUGA